UAGAUUGGGUAAAAUUGUAGGUUGGGUCAAAGAUAGAUUGUCUGUUGUUAGUCACCCGCCACCCGCCACCAGAAAAUUGAAUGUUUUGAAAAGUUAUCUUAUCACAUGCUCCGUACCGUACAUGCUAUCAAUUAACUUAUUUUGAAUUGAUGGAGUUCAUUUUUUGAAUUUAAUCAAUACUUACUAUAAAAUGGAGGAUUCACAGGAAGAUAAUGAUGCUCAGAAAAGUGGGACCACUGUAACUCCGCAAAGAACAACGGAAGUGACAAAGGAGCCAUGGUCCAUUCCUGUGUGUCCUUAUAUAAACUGGACUGGGAUACCCAAAGGAAAGAAAGCGGCUCACGUUGUGUACCAGCAACAGUCACUCAAACAAAGAUUGCAAAGUGCAAAAGAAAGGCGGAGUCAGAGAGCUGGCCACUUGAAAGGUGCUCACAAACUAGUGAUGGAGAUGGUGGCUUUCACUCUGCACUCGACAUUCAAUCUAGUGGAAGAAGGAGUGCUCGAUUCAGAUGAGCAUGUUGAGCUGUUUGAUAGCAUCUUUUCUCGUGGAGGUCGGAAAGCGAUCAUAUUUAACAUCAGUGAGCAACCGCUCCCUCCUAUUGAAUGUGGAAGAUUUCCACAAUUGCCGAAAACUGAAACGAUGGUGAGAUGCAUGAUUACAGAUGGUGCUGUACCUUUAAACUUGAUGGGAGAUUGUUUAAUUGUUUACCGAUCGCGAUCUGACUUCAACGCUGAAGUGAAGGAAGUUUCAGAUGAAUACUGCUAUGCUAAAUUCACGAUUAAUGAAAAUACUCCAAACGUUAUAAGUGCUAUUUGUGCACUAUUCAAAAAAAUAUACAAAGAGCACAUGCAUUCGAAUACUCACUGGGGGGCUCUCAACAAAGCUUUGAAAGGUCCAGAAAUUAAAAAAUCGUUCAUGGCAGAUUAUGAUAAUUACGUUGACUUUAUGGAGGCUACUACAAUCAAUUUACAGUCUGUGGUGAAAUUUGAAAUCGACGAAGAUCUUUUCAGCGCAGUGAAAAUUAUGCCGCACACCCGAGUGCAUCCAAGUCCGGUCGAUGCUGUCGAGGGUCUUGUCAAGCAAUGGAUACAACAAGUUCAAUCGGUUUUGAUAGAAAGUGAUCAGAUACGCUGCGAGGCAUCGACUAUAUCUCCACAAUCAGAAUUGGAGUACUGGCGUCGUCAACUAACUCAAUUCGCAAGCAUAGUUGAGCAUUUCAAGUCGAACGCAUGUGAGGCUUACAUCAAUCUUCUGAUCAAUUUUGAGUCGCCUUUGAUGGAGAAGUGGAAUAAUGUCCAUGAACGGGCCACAUCAGCAAUGUAUGAAGCUGGUGAUAAUGUGAAGUUUUUAUCGGCCUUGGAAGAAUAUUGGAAACCAUUGUAUACAUCAAAUCCUGAAACUAUUGGAAGCUACGUAAAGAGUCUCUUAUUCGCUAUCAAGACUGGAUUCUCAUCAUCCAGAUAUUUGAAUACUUCAGAAAGGAUUACAGCUCUUUUAGUGAAGGUGACGAACCAAAUGCUGAAUAGUUGCUAUGCUUAUUUAACAGAAAAUAAGACAAAAACUAUUUGGCAACAAAAGAAGAGUACAGCUAUCAGUAAAAUGAAGAUCUGCCUGAAUCUCUACGAGAACUACUAUCAAUGCUACAGCGAAAUAAAAAACGAUGUUGCUGACGCUUUCCAGGAAAGUGAGUGGAACUGCUCUGAGAUGUCGAUCUUUGGAAAUCUCGAAAGAUUCGGAAAACGUUUGAAAAAGCUAACAAGUGUUCUAGAAACAGCACUCAAGUAUUCAAUAAUUGAAAGUUCAAAAAUCGAAGGCAUUGAAGAACAUGCGAUGAAGUUUAAACAAAUAUUUGUGACCAUUUCUUCGAAACCUUACGACGCAAUAAAUAGUUAUCGCAAGCCAGAUUUCGACGUCGACUAUGAGAAGUUUAUGACUGCGAUUGAGGCAGCUGAGGUGUCGCUGCGAGAGUUCAUGCAUCAGACAUUGGCACUCAUUCCGAAAUUCGAAAUCACUCUUGGAAUGUUGGCAAGGUUUGAUAAACUGAAUCUUGACAGCCUGAAUAUGACUGGAGCUUACAUAAAUUCAUUGGAAAAAUUCACCAGUGAAAUAGAAGAGCUCCGGGACUAUUAUAAUGAGACUAGAACACUACCGGCAAUUCCAAGGAACAUGCCUCCCAUGUCGGGACGAAUCUAUUGGAUGAGACAAGUCUAUAAGCAUAUGGGUGUACCAAUGAAUAUCUUGAAGGAUAAAAGGGAAGUAAUGAGAUCCGAUAACGCUCAAAAAAUGAUCAUUCUUUUCAAUUGCUUGCAAAGAGUUGCAAUUGAAUAUGAAGUUUUGCAUCACAGGAACUGGUCAGCCUUCUGUAUCCAGAUCUAUUCUGCCUUAUGUGUGCCAGUGCUUGCUCAAGAGAAAACUCAGUUCUACAUCGUCAAUCUUCAUCAGAAUGUUUACGAACUGGUUUUGGAAACUAAAAUCAUGAGAAGAAUGAAGUUGGAAGUUCCAGAUCUAGCUCAAUUGAUCGUAGCAUUUGUCAAAAAUCUAAUGAGGACAAAGGCACAGUUGCACUCUCUAAUCAAAAGGAACUUGAAAAUUUUGAAGUCAAUUCCUCCCUUAUUGAACGAACUUGCUCAAUGCCAGGUUUUCAAAUUGGAAAAUGCUUUUGCACCAUGUUUGUCAUUCGUUACCUGGACUUCCCUGAAUACCGAUUCGGUUCUAGAAUCGAUUGAAAAAACUUUGGCAGAAGUGGAACUCUUCAUGAAAGAGGCCAAUGAUUUGAUAGAAGCUCGAAUUGAGGAAGUAUUGAAUGGUAUGGCGUCACUUCUGAUGGUAGUGCUGCCAAAUGAGCCAGUCAUGUCCUCCCAACUACUGGCAAAAAAUCUGGAAUAUCAUACUUCUGUCGCUGAAGACAUGCACAGACGCUCCCAGAGCGUCGAAGAUUCUGUCAUUGAACUGAUUGAUAAAUUCGUUUACGCUUCAGUGCAGAUAAUGCCACAUAUGGAUGAGAGCUUUGACGUCAACAGCCUAACAGUACCUUCAAUGGAAAUAUUCAACUACUUUGAGCAAAAAAAUAUUGAAGCCAUCGCUAAAUCAGUGGUGAAAUCAUUCACUGCACUCUGGUCUCGUGUUGAUCCUACAGUGAUGAAACACGAAAAAAAUCAAGUUACAAAUUUGAGAAAACCUCUCUUACUGGCUGAUGUGGUUCUGAAUAUUCCCAACAUAAUUCUCUCGCCAACAUUUGAAGUCAUGCAAGCCAAUUUUAGAAAUAUUCUCCAGGGAAUACUGGAAGUUCCCAAAUCAAUUAUGAUGUGGGGUGUCAAGAAAGGUCAUGUAUUUGUAGACUCGAAUACUAAGGUGCAUGACAUAUCUCCCAUUGACAGCUUCAGAUCAUCCACAACAGAAAAACAAUCUUCUUCAUGUGAACAAAUUGUCCCUGCAAAAGUUACAACUCAUAAAAAGAACUAUUUCAGAACUGUAUCCAAGCACAAGGAUGUCGUCAACUUGCUAGAAGAUCUGCAAAACAGUCUCAUGCUUAUCAAACCGGCCAUCCAAAAUGCACUCCAGGGCUACCGGUCAUUCAGCUAUCUAUGGGAAAACAACCGAGAAGAGCAGAUAAAAACUUUUGUGCAGUCUGACCCUCUUACAAUCGAUAUUCGUGAUUUUUUCUUGAAAUUGGUGAAACAAAAUGAAGAAAUCAAUAGUUUACCCAAAUUCAAUGUUAUCGGACCUUUGCAAAUGAGACUAAUCAACUUCAAAGCAUCGUUAUUGGCUGAAUGGAAAAUGUGGAAAUCGUUUUUGGGAAAUACUAUAAUUGAUGCUUAUCGUAUAAAGUUGUAUAAAAUCAUAGAUUUCAUAAACGAUAAUAAUACAACUCUCCAGAGGAAAAUAAAAGAUUUGGACGAUGUGAGAAUAGUGAUGAAAUGCUUGGAAACGAUUCGAGACGAUUUCAUAAUGAUAGAUCAGGGAAUCAUUGUUAUUGAGGAAACGUAUGCCAUUCUUGCCAAACACUCCAUUCCAGUAGACAUUGACGACAGCGAAAAAGUUGAUGGCCUCCGGUAUAAUUUCACAACUAUGCUGAAAUCAUUCCAAUCACGGUUUGAUGAACUGUGGGAUAAAUACGAAGUGUACAGUAGCGGAGAGAAACUAUUUGGAAUGACCAUCAGUGAGUAUCCCAUUCUUCAAGAGAGGAAAAAACAAUUCAACCUUCUACAGAAACUUUAUGGUCUCUAUCUGCUCGUCAAUCAGUCCAUAGAUGGAUAUUUUGAACUGGCAUGGUAUGAAGUUGAUAUUGAAGUAAUAAUGGCUGAGCUUCAAGAAUACCAGAAUAGAUGUCGAAAGCUUCCCAAAGGUAUGAAGGACUGGCCAGCGUUCAUUGAAUUGAAGAAGAAAAUUGACGACUUCAACGAAACAUGUCCUCUUUUGGAAAUGAUGGCCAACAAAGCUAUGAAGGAGAGGCAUUGGAAACGUUUGGAGAACUUGACUGGCUGUGUAUUCGAUAUUGAAUCCGAUAUGUUCACUUUGAAGCAUGUCAUGGAAGCUCCACUUCUUCAGUACAAGGAUGAUGUCGAGGAUAUCUGCAUAAGUGCGGUAAAAGAGAGAGAUAUUGAAGUUAAGUUGAAGCAAGUGAUUGCUGACUGGACGCUUGUCGAUCUCCAAUUUUCGACAUUCAAAACAAGAGGAGAAUUGCUAUUGAAGGGAACUGAAACAGGCGAAGUUAUAGCUGCUCUAGAAGACAGCCUAAUGAUUUUGAAUUCGCUGGCUUCCAACAGGUACAAUGCACCGUUCAAAAAAGAAAUACAACUGUGGGUAUGGAAAUUGGCGACUGCUGGAGAAAUACUUGAGAAUUGGCUGAUCGUUCAAAACUUGUGGGUUUACUUGGAAGCAGUUUUUGUCGGCGGAGAUAUUGCCAAGCAGCUGCCAGCAGAAGCUAAACGGUUUAGUAAUAUUGAUAGAGCCUGGGUGAAGAUAAUGAUGAGAGCGCGGGAAGUUCACAACGCGGUCGAAGUGUGUGUCGGCGAUGAGACGAUGCGGCAGCUGCUGCCUUACUUGCUCGAACAAUUGGAAUUAUGCCAGAAAUCAUUAACUGGUUAUCUUGAACAAAAGCGACUCAUAUUUCCAAGAUUCUUUUUCGUAUCUGAUCCCGCUCUGCUCGAAAUACUGGGACAAGCAUCGGAUUCUCAUACUAUACAACAACAUCUAUUGGGCGUUUUUGAAAAUGUGGCAAAGGUGGAAUUCCAUGAACGAGAUUAUGAUAGGAUACUUGCAAUUAUAUCCAGAGAAAAUGAGAAGAUACCUCUUGAGAAAGAUGUUUUGUGCAUCGGAGGAGUUGAGAACUGGUUGGGAAACCUUCUUGCAAUGGCAAGACAAUCAUUAGCGUCUGUCAUAUCUUCGUGUUGGCAAUUCUUUUCUGAGCCUGAAUACUCUUUGCUCGGAAUGUUCGAGAGAUAUCCUGCUCAGGUCGGACUUCUGGGUUUACAAAUGAUGUGGACCAGAGAUACGGAGAAUGCUCUAAAAAAAGCAAAAACAAAUAGAAAUAUUAUGAAGCGGUUACGGAGCAGCUCACACCAAUAUUGCAUUGAAGACUCCCUCUUGAAUCUCCUUGUUUUAGUUAAAUUUCCUACAUUUGUCUCUUACUUUCCAGGAAUGAAUAUGGGAGGAGCCCCUGCAGGUCCGGCCGGUACUGGUAAAACGGAAACGACCAAAGAUAUGGGCAAAUCGCUGGGCAAAUAUGUAGUUGUUUUCAAUUGCUCUGACCAAAUGGAUUUCAGAGGUUUGGCAAGAAUCUACAAAGGUCUGGCACAAUCUGGAACUUGGGGUUGCUUUGAUGAGUUCAAUCGCAUAGAGUUGCCUGUUUUGUCUGUGGCUGCUCAACAAAUCUACAUUGUCCUCAUGGCAAGAAAAGAAAGGAAGAAAACGUUUGUAUUUAGUGAUGGGGAUAUUGUAAGUUUGAAUCCAGAAUUUGGAAUAUUCAUUACGAUGAACCCAGGAUAUGCUGGAAGACAAGAACUCCCUGAAAAUCUCAAAGUUAUGUUUAGAAGUGUUGCUAUGAUGGUCCCAGACAGACAGAUUAUAAUGAGAGUGAAACUGGCUUCUUGCGGUUUCAAAGAUAAUAUUAAUUUGUCAAGGAAGUUUUUCACGUUGUACAAGUUAUGUGAGGAACAAUUGAGCAAACAGGUGCACUAUGAUUUCGGUUUGCGUAACAUUCUGUCAGUUCUGAGAACAUUGGGUGCUCAAAGAAGAGCCAAUCCAAAUGAAACAGAGGAUACUACAGUCAUGAGGGUACUGAGAGAUAUGAAUGUCUCAAAACUUGUUGAUGAAGAUGAACCGCUUUUCUUGUCCCUAAUUGAUGAUCUGUUUGUCGGGAUGAAACUCACUGCAUUUGUCCAUAAAGAGGUUCUCAAUGCAAUAGAAAAAGUAUGUUCUGAAACUGGACUAGUGAAUCAUCCACCUUGGAACUUGAAAAUCAUCCAACUCUACGAAACUAGCUUAGUGAGGCAUGGAUUGAUGACGUUAGGUCCCACUGGAGCCGGUAAAACCAAGUGCAUUCAUACAUUGAUGAAAGCCAUGACCGAGUGUGGAAAACCUCAUAAAGAGAUGAGGAUGAAUCCGAAAGCGAUAACCGCUCCACAGAUGUUUGGUCGAUUGGAUGCCGCAACAAAUGAUUGGACUGAUGGUAUAUUCUCAACUCUGUGGCGUCGUUCCCUAAAAACGAAGAAAAAUGAGAAUGUUUGGAUUGUUCUUGAUGGUCCUGUUGACGCUGUAUGGAUAGAAAAUUUGAAUUCUGUCCUGGACGACAAUAAGACUCUGACAUUGGCCAACGGAGACAGAAUUGUAAUGGCGCCGAAUUCAAAACUGGUGUUCGAACCAGAUAAUGUCGACAAUGCUUCUCCAGCCACUGUCUCUCGUAUGGGUAUGGUGUUUAUGUCUGCUUCAGUUCUAUCUUGGGAGCCCAUCCUAGAUGGUUGGCUCAAAACUCGUUCAGCAUUCGAAGUUGAAGUGCUGAGAAGUGUCUUCUCAAAAAUAUACAACGAUGCUCAUAUUUUUGUGCAGUCAAAACUCAAUCCAAAAAUGAAGAUUAUUGAAGCUUUGUACAUAAGGCAGUGUACAGACAUUCUUGAUGGCAUUAUCCAAGUCAGUGAAGAUGGCAGGAGAGAGGAGAAAUCUGACAAGAAAGCCUACACAAAUAAACAUUUAGAAAAACUAUUCUUGUUUGCACUAAUGUGGAGCUUAGGUGCAGUUCUAGAAUUGGAUGAUCGAUUUAAAUUGCAGGAGUUUCUACUGAAACAUGAGUCCAAACUAAGUUGGCCGAAAUUUGAAUCAGAACAAGAUACAUUAUUCGAUUAUGUUGUUGAUGACUCUGGAAAUUGGCAGCAUUGGACUGAAAGGGUUGAAGAGUUCAUAUAUCCUACCGACUCUAUUCCUGAAUAUGCCAAUAUUCUUGUCCCGAACGUAGAUAAUGUGCGAACUGGCUUCCUUAUACAGACUAUAGCCAAACAAACAAAAGGCGUUCUCUUAAUAGGAGAACAAGGAACUGGAAAAACUGUUAUGAUUAAGAGUUUUAUGCAGCAGUACAAUCCUGAAGUGCAUUUGUGUAAAAGUUUGAAUUUCUCGUCAGCAACAACACCGAAUCAUUUCCAGAGGACGAUUGAGAGUUACAUUGAUAAGAGAGUUGGUACUACUUAUGGACCUCCCAACAAUAGGAAACUGUCCGUUUUCAUUGAUGAUAUCAACAUGCCAGUUGUGAAUGAAUGGGGAGACCAGGUAACUAAUGAAAUUGUACGACAGCUGAUGGAAAUGAGUGGUUUCUAUUCCUUGGACAAGCCUGGAGAUUUCUCUACUGUUCUUGAUAUUCAAUUUUUAGCUGCAAUGUGUCACCCUGGUGGAGGAAGGAAUGAUAUACCUCCACGAUUGAAAAGAAGAUUCUGUAUUUUCAAUUGUACUCUGCCAUCUGAUAGGUCAAUGGAUAAAAUAUUUGGAGCCCUUGCUGAAGGAUACUUCUGUCCUGAGAGAUUCAAGGAAGAGAUAGUCGAAUUUGUACCAAAAUUAGUUCCUCUCACGAGGAUAAUGUGGCAGAAAGUAAAGAACAAAAUGCUCCCUACUCCAGCAAAGUUUCAUUAUGUAUUCAACUUGAGAGAUUUAUCUCGUAUAUGGGAGGGAAUACUGAAUAUUCAGGAUGCAGAGUGUUCAGAUAUUGCAAUGCUUUUGAAACUUUGGAAGCAUGAAGCAACCAGAGUGAUCGCUGAUCGGUUCACAAAUUUCGAAGAUAGGCAAUGGUUUCAUAGUAACAUGAAGAACCUUGUAGAAAUGGAAUUAGACGAAGAAGAAGCUUAUUCUUAUGAAGACAAAGAAACUUAUUUUGUUGAUUUCCUAAGAGAAAUUCCCGAACCGACUGGAGAUGAGCCUGACGACUUUGUGCUAGAAGCGCCCAAAAUAUAUGAAGAGAUACCAAGCUGGGAUUUUUUGAAACAUAAGUUGGCAGGCUUUAUUGAUGGCUACAAUGAAGUUGUAAGAGGAGCGAAAAUGGACAUGGUAUUCUUCCAUGACGCAUUAGUGCAUCUCAUGAUAAUAUCCCGUAUUAUUCGAACACCCAGAGGUAGUGCGCUUCUUGUUGGCGUUGGUGGAUCAGGCAAACAAUCUCUCACUAAAUUAGCAUCUUUCAUAGCCAACUACCACUCGCAUCAGAUUACAUUAACCCGAGCAUAUAAUGUUCAAAAUUUCAUGGAUGACUUGAAACUUGUAUAUAGAGUAGCAGGGGUACAAGGACAAGGAAUAUCAUUCAUCUUCACAGACAACGAUAUCAAGGAUGAAGCAUUUUUGGAAUACAUGAAUAACAUUCUGAGUGUUGGUGAAGUGGCAAAUUUGUUUGCGAAGGACGAAUUGGAUGAAAUUACAAGUGAUUUGGUUCCAAAAAUGAAGAAAAAAGAACCAAAAAGACCCCCUACCGUUGAUAAUUUGUAUGAUUUUUUCAUUAGGCAAUCACGAAAAAAUUUUCACGUGGUCCUAUGUUUCUCUCCAGUUGGUGAAAAAUUCCGUUCAAGAUCUCUUAAGUUUCCUGCUCUUAUCUCGGGUUGUACAAUUGAUUGGUUCUCAAGGUGGCCUAAGGACGCUCUAGUAGCAGUGUCUCAGCACUUUUUGCAUUCUUUCCCUGUAGUAUGCUCGGCUGAAAAUAAACGUAAACUCAUUUUAUUGAUGGGAGAAAUCCAUGAUAAUGUAGCCGACACUUGUCUCCAGUAUUUUGAACGAUUCAGAAGGCAGAUUUAUGUGACGCCCAAGUCAUAUCUGUCGUUUUUAGCCGGCUAUAAAACAGUGUACAGUGAACGGCACAAAGGCAUUGAUUUACUCGCUAAUCAAAUGAAUGUUGGUCUUGAAAAACUGGCAGAUGCAGCACAAAGUGUCGAUGUACUACAGAAAGAUCUUGUUGAGAAAGAGAAAGAGAUUAUUACGGCGACUGCUAAAGCUGAGGAGGUUCUAGUGUCAGUUUCCGAGGUAGCAGCAGCAGCAGAAGAGGUCAAGAAAGAAGUAUCAGAGGUGGCCGAGAAGGCGAAAGCUCUUUUCGAUGUCAUUUCGGCUGAUAAAGCUGUGGCCGAAGACAAACUGGAGGCUGCAAGACCAGCACUGGAGGCUGCAGAAGCUGCCCUUCUCACCAUCAAAGCUGCCGACAUAGCGACGGUCAGAAAACUUGGAAAACCGCCAUUCCUGAUUACUUUAAUCAUGGACUGCGUUUUGAUAUUAUUCGGAAAAAAAGUUGAAUCCGUUCACCCAGAUAUGAAUAAACAGUUUCUAACCCCGAAUUGGGCAGAAUCUUUGAAAAUGAUGGCCGAUACAAGAUUUCUCUACAACUUACAGAAUUUUCCGAAAGACAACAUCAAUGCUGAAACAGUUGACUUGAUGAUCCCUUACCUCACCUACAGUCAGUACACCUAUGAAAAUGCGAAAGUCGCCUGCGGAAAUGUAGCUGGGUUGAUUUCAUGGACGAUUGCUAUGAAGGACUUCUAUGAAAUCAAUAAAGAGGUUCUUCCUCUGAAAGCGAAUCUAGCUGUUCAACAAAGCAGACUGAAUGCGGCGGAUAAAAAAUUGAAGGAAGCUGAAGAGCUGCUCCAAGCGAAAGAAGAUGAGUUGGCUGAAGCGCAAGUUGAAUUUGACACUGCCAUGGCUGCUAAACAGGAAGUGCUUGAUGUUGCCAAUCGUUGCAAGACGAAAAUGAAUGCAGCCAACGCCCUGAUCAGUGGGUUGUCGGGAGAACAGAAGAGAUGGACUGAACAGUCUGCUCAAUUCAAAUCGGAGAUCGAAAGACUGAUUGGAGAUGUCCUCAUACUUACUGGAUUCCUCACUUAUUGUGGUCCAUUCAAUCAAGAAUAUCGUUUGAUUCUCCAAAAGUAUUGGUACUAUGAACUGAAGUCCUUGAGAAUCCCAUUGUCUGAGAAACUGAAUAUAAUUGAAAGCUUAGUUGAUCAGCCAACUAUAAGUGAAUGGAACUUGCAAGGAUUACCUAGUGAUGAUCUUUCUAUAGAAAAUGGUAUUAUAGUCACGAAAGCAUCAAGGUUUCCACUUAUCAUCGAUCCACAGAGUCAAGGAGUGCAAUGGAUCAAACACAAAGAGAAGGAUUUCGAUCUUCAGGUUACAACACUGAACAACAAGUAUUUUAGAAACCAUUUGGAAGACUGUCUCUCAUUGGGUCGCCCUCUACUCAUUGAAGAUGUACUAGAAGAACUUGAUCCAGCUUUAGAUAAUGUACUUGAGAAGAAUUUCAUAAAAGUUGGCACUUCACUCAAGGUGAAGGUUGGUGACAAAGAAACCGAUAUAAACAGCAAAUUCCGUUUGUACAUAACCACAAAAUUGGCCAAUCCCAUGUACACUCCGGAAAUCUCUGCCAGAACCUCUGUCAUUGAUUUCACAGUUACAAUUAAAGGACUGGAAGAUCAGUUGUUGGGUCGUGUGAUUCUCACAGAGAAGAAAGAAUUGGAAACUGAAAGAACUGCAGUUAUCCAAGAAGUAACUGCCAAUAGACGUAGAAUAAAGGAAUUGGAACAAAAUCUUCUACUAAAACUCACCACUGUUCAAGGAUCUCUUGUUGACGACGACAGUGUGAUAUCUGUGCUGAAUGUGACUAAAGAUACAGCUAUUUCAGUGAAUGAGAAACUGAGGAUAGCUGCACUCACCGAACAGAAGAUCAAUGCAGCGCGUGAAGAAUUCCGUCCAGUCGCCACAAGAGGAAGCUGCCUCUAUUUCCUCAUCGUCGAAAUGUCGCUGGUCAACUGCAUGUAUCAAACAUCACUCGUACAGUUCCUUGAGAGAUUUGAUAUUUCAAUGGCAAGAUCAGAAAAGAGUGUUGUUGCCAGCCGGAGAAUUGUAUUCAUAAUUGAUUAUCUCACUUACGACAUCUUCCAGUAUAAGUGCAGAGGACUGUAUGAGAAUCAUAAAUAUCUCUUCACAAUCCUACUAGCUCUCAAAAUAGACCUCCAGUCAGGAAACAUAUCAUUUGAAGAGUUCCAGAAUUUUAUCAAAGGAGGAGCCGCUCUGGAUUUGAAUGCUUGUCCUCCAAAAACUAUCAAAUGGAUUACCGAUAUUACAUGGCUCAACCUAGUUCAACUGUCAUCAUUGAUGCCCUUCAAAUACAUCCUGAACCAAAUAGCUCAAAAUGAAAAGGCAUGGAGGAAUUGGUAUGAAAAACCAGCUCCUGAAGAAGAAACUAUUCCUGAUAAUUUCGAAUCCAUGGACCAAUUCAAAAAACUGCUGAUUAUAAGAGCUUGGUGUCCUGAUAGAACCCUAUCUCAGUCGAAAAAAUAUUUGGCUUCAUCUCUUGGAGUGAGGUUUACUGAGCCUGUUAUAUUGAAUAUCGAAUCUCUGUUCGCUGAAUCUCGACCCUCAACUCCAAUGACUUGUUUCUUGAGCAUGGGAUCUGAUCCAACAUCCCUAAUUGAAACGGCCGCCAAAAGACAUGAAGUCGAAUUCAGAACAAUAUCAAUGGGGCAGGGCCAAGAGGUUCAUGCACGCAAAUUACUGAAUCUUUUCAUGAAUCAGGGUGGUUGGAUGCUACUGCAGAACUGCCACUUGGGACUUGAAUACAUGGCAGAGCUGUUCUUGUCCUUGACCGAAGCAGAAAACUUUCAUCCGGAUUUCAGAAUAUGGAUCACCACAGAGCCUCAUCCCAAGUUUCCAAUCAAUUUACUCCAGAUAUCCAUACAUUUCACAAAUGAGCCACCUCAAGGAGUUCGAGCUGGACUUCGUCGUACUUAUGCAACACUGAGUCAAGACACAUUGGAAUUCUCCAGAGCUUAUCAGUACCUACCAAUGUUGUACGCUGUCUCAUUUCUUCACACUGUUGUACAAGAGAGAAGGAAGUUUGGUCCAAUAGGCUGGAAUAUUCCGUACGAGUUCAAUUGGGCUGAUUGGUAUGCUUCAACGCUAUUCAUCCAAAAUCAUCUCGACGAAAUCGAUCCAAAAGUUGGUGUCAGUUGGACAACAGUCAGAUACAUGCUGGGAGAGGUUCAGUACGGUGGACGUGUAACCGACGAUUACGACAAACGGCUGCUCAACACUUUUGCUCGAGUCUGGUUCUGCAAGGAAAUGUUCGGCGACGCUUUCGUGUUCUUCACGGGUUACAAGAUAAUGACUUACAAAAACAUACACGACUAUUUGGAAGCAAUAGGAAAUCUACCUGCGGUGGAUCAUCCUGGAGUCUAUGGCUUGCAUGCCAAUGCUGACAUUAUUUAUCAGAGUAACACGGCCAAAGAGUUGCUGGAUACAAUCAUUUCCAUACAACCGAAAGAGUCGUCAAUUGGUGGAUCCGAGACUAGAGAAGUGAUUGUGGGAAGGGUUUGUAGUGAUAUGCUUAGCAAACUUCCCAACGACUAUGACCCAUACCUUGUAAAAGAGAGGCUGAAGAUAAUGGGUAUCCUCUCUCCAAUGAAUAUAUUCUUGAGACAAGAGAUCGAUAGGAUGCAGAAGGUGAUCACAGCCGUACGAAAAACUCUAAAAGACUUACUCCUUGCUAUUGAAGGAACCAUUAUUAUGAGUGAGAAUUUAAGAGACGCUCUAGACAAUAUUUACGAUGCAAGGAUCCCGCACAUUUGGAGACGUGUAUCAUGGCAAUCUUCUUCGCUUGGAUUCUGGUUUACUGAAUUACUUGAGAGGAAUGCUCAAUUCUCUACCUGGUUGUUCAACAGACGUCCUCAUCAAUUUUGGAUGAGUGGAUUUUUCAAUCCACAAGGUUUCUUGACUGCUAUGAGGCAGGAAGUAGCAAGAGCUCACAAAGGAUGGCCACUCGAUUCGGUUGUGCUUCACAAUGAAGUGACUAAAUUAAUGAAAGAAGAAAUUAAAUCGUCACCCCAGGAAGGUGUCUAUGUGUACGGAUUGUUUUUGGAGGGCGCUGGUUGGGACAAGAAGAAUUGCAGGCUGACUGAGGCAACCCCCAAGAUUCUUUCGCAGUUGAUGCCUGUCAUUUGGUUGUUUGCCAUCAAUAGCACAGGCCCAAAAAGUCCUACUUUAUAUGUUUGUCCAGUUUAUAAGAAACCAAACAGAACUGACUUGAAUUUUAUCACUCCUUUGUGGCUACCUGGCAGAUUUACACCGGAUCAUUGGACAUUGAGGGGUGUGGCGCUCUUAUGUGAUAUAAAAUAAAGCUCUAAUAGACAACUCAGAGCAAGCAAUCAGGUUACCCCGUUACAUCAAGAAUUUUUUAUUUUGCAAAAUAUGCAGCUGUAAAUUCAUAAAUUGUCAAUAAAUAUUUCUCGAACUUGUUACUUCAA